AUGAAAGCAUCCUAUCCGACAAAGGUCGGAAGAUCAUCUGCAUGCAUUCAGAUCGAAAUCGAGCCUUCAAUUUUGGGCUUUAGUUCGAAAUCGAGAACAACAGCAAUGCUUAAAUCAGUACCGCCUACCAAGUGCUCGAUGAAAUGCCAUCCAUUUGUGUUUGAUUUCAAUUUCGAUUUUCACUCGAUCCAACAUCAGGAUUCUAAAGAGUCGCCUAAUGAGGUACUUCUUCUUGAUGCCAAACAAGUGCAACACAUCUACGGGAUGUGUUCUACAACAUGGGGCUAUUUGACAAGGAUAUGGUCGCACUUUCUGGUUCCCACACUUUGGGGAAGGCACGUCGUGAGAGAUCAGGAUUUGAUGAGAAACCUUGGACCCAAGAUCCUUUCAAGUUUCACAACUAUUAUUUCGUCUCUGGUGGCCACCUCUUGCCUUGGUUUUCAGGUUUUAGUUCCAGAGGUUGGAUUAAACAAGAAAGGACCUUCCCCCUUUUCCUCUGAUGGUGGUCGGGGACAUAUGACGUUUCCGCGUGCCAGGGCAACUUUCGUUUUUCCUGAUUUAGGGGUGAUAUUGAUGGUUUGGGAAGCAUAA